AUGACUGAUUCCGAUUCUACAGAUUAUUCAGACAUACAAACUUAUGAUGAAUCGUUUGAAAAUACAACUCCAUUUAUUAAUUUUUUUAUGAAUCAAGAUCAUGCCCCACCUCGUAGUUCAAUGCAUUACCUGAAGAUAAAAGAAAAUAGAGAACCAAUCAAAACCACUUCUAAGGCAAAUUUUUGGUGUAUUCCUAAAGAACUAUAUAAAAGAGAGAUUGGUCACAAUAAUAAAUGUUCAGUAUGGCGUAACACAUUUUAUCAAUCAGAGGUUGCGACACAAAAACUUAAAUUGAGUAAACAAUUAAUAAGUCAUGAGAGUUAUUCAAGAUCUAUUGAUUUUAAUAACGCUGGUAACUUAUUAGCUAGCGGAUAUGAUGGUACAAUAGUCGUCUGGGAUUGGUCUUGGGGAAAUCCCAUACUUAAACAUACUCAAAGUCUACAUGCCGAAAAGAUAUCUCACAUAAAAUUUCUUACAAAUCAAAUUUUGACAGCUGGAAAAGAUGGAAUAAUUAUAUUGGCUGAUGUGCAUAAUUCUGGUAUUAUACAUAGUAGAUUAAUAUCACGUCAUAUUAAGCAAUGCAGUAAAAUUGGAGUACAUUGUGAAGGGAGACCUGGUAUACUACAUAUCAAGACUGUUCAAGGAAAUAGCUUGCAAUUAUAUGGUAUUGACAUAAAUCCUAUGAAACCAUUUGAAUUUAUUGUAAAUGGCGAAGAUGAUUGUGUAAGAAUGUAUGACAAAAGAAAAAUAUUACAUAAACCAGUAAAAAUAUUCCAACCUUUUCUUCCUACUAGAGAACGAUUGGAAGACCAUUUUUAUGACGGUGGAUUUCUAGAACCACCCAGUGGUAAUCGAAAUACUGCUUCUGCUGUUUAUAAUUAUUGUGGUACAGAAAUUUUAGCUGUCUGUGGUAAUGAACAUAACAAUAAUAUUGUUCUGUACAAUGUUAAUGAUCCACCUAAAACUAUUUCACACCGUUAUAUCAAUGAAACAAGUUUUAAUUCAUCGAUAACUGCAAUUAAUUUUUAUGGACCCAGAAGUGAGUAUGUAGUAUAUGGUUCGAACAAAAAUUUUUUUGUAAUUUUUGAUAAGAAAACAGAAGCAUUGGUUCUAAAAAAAUGCCAAAAAGGACAAGGAAAAAUUUCAGCAAUAGAGGGACAUCCACAUUUACCAACCCUUGCAACUAGUGGACGGUUAAACGCUAUUCAUAUAUGGGAACCACUGAGUGAAAGACAGUCGCCAGAUAUUGAAAACUUACAAGAGUGCACAACACGUCAUAUAAAAGAAAAUAAAAGAUUAAGAAUGGAUCUUACUGAUACAAAGAUGGGUGAUAACGGUCAAUCUGCUGCAAUCAUAGAUAACACGCCAUUCUCGUACUCUGCGUUGGACUCGAUGCAGAGCCGCUUAAUCGCUUUUGAGGCUGCCUGGGAAGAAAAUCGACGUAGAAAGAGAAUUGGCCGUCCUAUAGCAUACGUCAAACCAACCCCAAGACCGUCCCUAAAGCCUAUGUUUUCAUUGCAGUCACGUCGUUGCUGA